CUGUUUUCCCCUCAUUCAACCUGAAACAAUCGCUGCACUUCUCUCUCCCCGUCCCCGUGUCUCCGCUUCCUUUGUUUUUGUGGCUCGCAGCUUUUCUCUCACUAUCUGUUUCCAAGAGAAGAGAAAGAUGGGCUCUCUGUUUUGUUUCUGACUGAGCUCAGCAAUUGCCUCUCUCUCCGUUCCUGUGACCGCUAACCAACCAAAAGGUCCUCUGGAUCCGGCGCUGCUGCACAAGUCGGAUUUGGCGUGUGUGCUUUAGCCGGAGGAGUGAAAUAAGCUGAAUUCCCUCCUGAGCGACAGUUGCUCCACACUUCCACGGCAACUCCGUAACUAUGGAGCGCAGGCAUGGGGCAGAAAACGGGCAAAAAACAAACCGCGUGCUGUCAUCAGAGAGGGGCCGCUGAGGAGUAAUUGGAGCCAAAAAAAAAAAAAAAAAAGAGGAGAGAUGUCUGUGGAUGAAAGCGACGUUAAAUCUCCGGGGAUCUUUUUUGUCUCGUGCAACUUUGGAUAACGGGAGCAGGUUGUUUAGUUUUGCUUGUGGAUGUAUUUUCUGUAGGAUUUCAGUCAACUUUGAGCCGACUAAAACUUUUUCGUGGAUUUACUCUAAAAGUAAUGGUCGACAGCACGAGCGUUGGCAAACUCGGAAAGGAUUUUUCUUCGGAGGCGGUGCACGUACUCGCGUGUGAAGUCAGCGUUUGGAUUAUGUGAGAGAUUUCGUCAGGAUCUUAGCGCGUUUAUUUAUUUAACUUGCGUACACGAGUGGUUCGCGGCGUGCGCGAUGCGCGGCUGCGAGGCUGCGAGCUGCCUCUCUGUGCUCGGCGCGGACAGACACAGGGAGGGACAGACGUGCGUUUCCGUGGCAACAAGUGGCUGUAGCCCCUUCCCCAUGUGCUGGGAAAGAGAAUAUGACAGACACCUAGCAGCGGCAGUGUCAGCAGGGAAAACUAUGGCGACGGCCUACCUGGACCCCAACCUGAACCAUGCCCUCCUAGAAGGCGCCAAGUCACAGCUGAGCGCGGGGGCGUCGGACCGAACCAUGGCCGGCUCCAUGGACAGGGUUCUGAAAGUCUUCCAUCACUUCGAGACCAACGCUGAAAACAGCUGCUGGUCUUCUAAUAUAAGAUAUGGAGAUGCGACCGACGUUAGGGGAAUCAUCCAGAAGAUUCUGGACAUCCACAAGGUGCGCUGGACUUCGUGUUUCGGCCUGCGUCUCAGUAACAGCCAAUCCAGAGACCAACUGCACUGGCUCCACCCAGAUAUGGGCGUGUCCCACGUCAGGGAGAAGUAUGAACAGGCCCGGCCGACCGAGGAGUGGAGGUAUGAAUUAAGGAUCAGAUAUCUACCAAAGGGCUUUGUGCAGCAGUUUACAGAAGACAAACCUACACUCAACUACUUCUAUCACCAGGUGAAGAAUGACUACAUGGCAGAGAUUGGGGAGCAAGUGGAACAAGAUGUCGCCCUUAAACUGGGCUGUCUAGAAAUCAGGAGGUACUUCAAAGAGAUGAGAGGAAACGCCCUGGACAAGAAAUCCAACUAUGAACUAUUGGAGAAAGACGUUGGCUUGAGACGAUUUUUCCCAAAAGAUCUCUUGGAUUCAGUCAAGGCCAAGACUCUUCGUAAGUUGAUCCAGCAGACGUUCAAGCAGGUAGCCAAUCUCAACGAUGAGCAGUGCAUCCUCAAGUUCUUGGAGAUACUUGCACCGAUCUAUCGCUACGACAAGGAGUGCUUCAAAUGUGCCCUCGGGUCCAGCUGGGUGAUCCAGGUAGAGUUGGCUAUCGGGCCAGAGGAAGGGAUCAGCUACCUCACUGACAAAGGAUCCACGCCAACCCAUCUAGCAAACUUUAACCAAGUCCAGUCCAUCCAGUACUCGGCUAUGGAGGAGAAGGACAGGAAAGGCAUGUUGCAGCUGAACGUAGCUGGAGCUGCUGAGCCUCUCACGGUCACGACAGCGUCCCUCACCAUGGCGGAGAACCUCGCCGACCUGAUUGACGGCUACUGUCGCCUCGUCUCCAUGGAAACUCACUCUUUCAUCGUCAGAGUUCAGAAAGAGGGAGAGAGAGCGCUGCCUUCAAUCCCAAAACUGUCUAAUAAUGAGAAGAAGUUGGAGGCAGUCAGGAGCGGAGUGAGAGCGAUCUCUGUCUCAGAUCUAGUGACAUCGACGCCUCCUAAGCCAACCAAGGCGCGGCGUUUCCUCCUCCCCUUUGUCUUCUGUUCAGAUUCGCCACCCAAUGAAGAUCUUAGUGGGGAUGAGACCGAUGACUAUGCCGAGAUAGUUGAUGAAGAGGACACAUACACCAUGCCCUCCAUGAGCUAUGGAGUAGUCGAAGCGCGGGACUAUGAGAUCCAGAGGGACAGGAUAGAGUUAGGUCGCUGCAUUGGAGAGGGUCAGUUUGGCGAUGUUCACCAAGGAGUCUACAACAGUCCAGACAAACCUCCGCUCCCUGUCGCCAUUAAGACCUGCAAGAACUGCACCUCAGACAGCGUCAGAGAAAAGUUCCUACAAGAAGCGCUGACAAUGCGUCAGUUUGACCACCCUCACAUCGUUAAGCUGAUUGGAGUGAUCACAGAGAACCCAGUGUGGAUCAUCAUGGAGCUCUGUACUCUUGGAGAGUUGCGUUCGUUCCUUCAGGUGAGGAAGUACAGUCUCGACCUGGCCACGCUUAUUCUGUUUGCCUACCAGCUCAGCACAGCGCUGGCGUAUCUGGAGAGCAAACGCUUUGUACACAGGGACAUUGCAGCCCGCAACGUGUUGGUCUCUUCAGUUGACUGUGUGAUGCUUGGAGACUUUGGUCUGUCCCGAUACAUGGAGGACAGCUCUUACUACAAAGCUUCUAAAGGUAAACUUCCAAUCAAAUGGAUGGCUCCUGAAUCUAUCAACUUCAGGAGGUUCACCUCUGCCAGUGAUGUCUGGAUGUUUGGUGUGUGUAUGUGGGAGAUCCUGAUGUUCGGUAUCAAGCCCUUCCAAGGAGUGAAGAACAAUGAUGUGAUUGGCCGGAUAGAGAACGGCGAGCGGCUGGCUAUGCCUCCUCAGUGUCCGCCCACCCUCUACAGUUUGAUGACCAAGUGUUGGUCGUAUGAUCCCAGCAAGAGGCCGCGAUUCACCGAACUCAAAACACAACUCAACACCAUACUGGAAGAGGAGAAGCUUCAACAGGAGGAGAGACUUCGGAUGGAGAUGAGGAGACAAGUCACAGUUUCCUGGGACUCUGGAGGCUCUGAUGAAGCACCACCUAAGCCCAGUAGACCAGGUUACACCAGUCCUCGCACCAGUGAAGACUUCUUCUCCAGCCCCCCACACAACCACUUCCCGUCUUCAGCCCAUGGUGGCGUCGGAGUAGUAGGAGGCAGCUACACUCCCGCUGACUCCUGGAACCAGCACAGAUCUGAACAUCCGGCACUGUGGAACCCCAUGGAGGAAACUGGAUGUGUGGGUCAAGUCCUGAUGGAGGAGAGGCUGAUGAUGCAGCAGCUGCAGAUGGAGGACGACCAACGGUGGCUGGAGCAGGAGGAGAGCUUCAUGAAGACAGAGGCCAGAAACAGCAGAGGAAGCAUCGACAGAGAGGACGGCACGCUACAAACACCGGGUGGGAGCCAACACAUCUACCAACCAGUAGGGAAACCAGAGCAUGUGGCUCCUCCUAAGAAGCCUCCUCGCCCCGGAGCUCCUUGUCAACUUGGCAACCUGGCCAGUCUCUCCCCGGUGGACAGUUACAAUGAAGGGGUCAAGCCGUGGAGGCUGCAGCCUCAGGAGAUCAGCCCCCCACCCACGGCCAACUUGGAUCGCUCCAACGACAAAGUGUAUGAGAAUGUGACCGGACUGGUUAAAGCUGUGAUCGAGAUGUCCAACAGGAUUCAACCCGCUGCGCCAGAGGAGUACGUCCCCAUGGUCAAGGAGGUGGGUCUGGCUCUGAGAACUCUACUAGCGACUGUGGACGAGACGCUUCCUGUGUUGCCAGCCAGCACACACAGAGAGAUUGAAAUGGCCCAGAAGCUUCUGAAUUCAGAUCUGGCAGAGCUGAUAGCGAAGAUGAAACUGGCCCAACAGUACGUCAUGACAAGUUUACAAAAGGACUACAAGAAACAGAUGCUAAUGGCAGCUCACGCACUCGCAGUCGACGCCAAAAACCUGCUGGACGUCAUCGACCAAUCACGGCUCAGGAUGAUCAACCAGACCCGCCCGCAUUAGUCGAGGAUGUAAUCAAGCCAGAGGUUUCUGCUGAAGUAAACGAAAAAAUACAGGACAAGGGAAGGAGAGCGGAGAAUGUGAUGGCUCUUGGCCAUUCGCUGAGAGAUAUCUGAAAUCAAGGAACUGAUGGGACAGCAGACUUCUCCUCCCUCAAACAUUUACAGCUUCCUUUCUUCUCUGGAAACACUAACGUUUCGGUCAAUAUUGUGUCGUUUUGUACUUUUGCGUCGUCGGCUUUUGCAUCCAGAGAAAACGCUCUUCUCUCUCAUCGCGUAUCCUCAAAAGAUCCUUUUUCUUAAAGAUCAUGCAUUACUCCUUUUUUUUUUUUAAAUCAGAGGAAAUCAAAUACAGGUUUCUCUUGAAGGACUUCGCAGGUAUUUUGGUGAAUGGACGCACCAAAAGAAUUUGCCAAAUGACGAACACAUACGCAGGAUGUAACAACUGGAACUGAAGAGCCAGCACGGGGAGGAUAAUGAAGAUGAUGUCAUAAUGUUGUUGUUUAAACGUGCUUUUAUAUCAUUAAUUAUUAUUAUUAUUAUUAUUACUGUUUUCAACCUUGCGGUUUCUUUUCAGUCUUCCUCUCAUAUGAGCAAACAUGAUUCCUUUACAGCUGCUCAUAAAUUUCUUUUUUUUUUUUUUCUCCCCCUCCCUCCCUCUCUCUAGAUCUCAGGCACAAAGAGAUGGUUUAAAAGCUGAAUUCUGAAAAACCAACUAAAUGUCUUUUUAUGGAGAAAACAAAAAGUAUAUAUAUAGAUAUAUUAAAAAAAAAAAAAAAAAAAAAAACAGCCACAGGCCACUUUUUAAGUUAAUAGUAAAUAUACGAAGAAGCUCACGUUUCUGAGGCAUGUGAAUAAUGGAGAGGGAUGAAGAGCACGGGGGACAGAGGUGGAAGAGAGUUUUUAAUUUACAACGGAGGUGCUAAUUAUACCAUACAGCAGGUCGUCCUGUGCCAAAUGAAAUUGCAUUCGAUUAAAAAGGAACGUUUCGCCAUAAAAUGCUCUGACAUCGCUCGACUCUGUACCAUCGUGACGGCUAUGUUGUUACCUGCUGUGUGUUUUGAAGCGAAGCAUAUUGUCGCGGCAGUCGGAUUGUUGGUUCCUAUUCACCUUUACACUAUAAUACACAGUACAAACACUUUGCCUUUUUAGUCCAUUUAAGAACUGAAUUUUCAGGGAAAAGAAAUAGGGUAGUUUCACAAAUGACACGACUGAAAUUUAAUUGGAGCUCAGUCUUGAUUUAUUUUAAACUCGUAUCUAGACCAGGAACUUGUUACACACCGAAGAAACAACUCUAAACUGUGGGUUGUGACCACAACGGAGACUCAUUCGUGGGAUAUGUGAUUUUUAAACGUCCCACAUCCUGUUUUCUUCCCCAAUCUUUCUACCUUCCUCCACUGGAGUUUAUUUAUACCUUUUAUUCCCUCUCCUCUUCUGCUUUGCCACUGUAAGUGUUUCUCUCUCUGUUAUCGAUCCUUCCCUUCAGCUCUGUCUUCCCUUCCUCCUCCCUCUGAUUCUCUCGCUGCUCCCUCUUCCUCUGAGGUGAGCAGUCUUCUCAGGAAGGAGACAUGUGUACAGUUGCUAAACCAAGCAAAUAAAAACACUGUUAUUAUUAAAAUGCA